AUGGACGGCACCGGUGGCACCGGCCCUCACGGUCUUUCCAAUGGAGCCGGGACCAACGGUGACACGCCCCACCAAUCUACUCCAUCCGUUCAACAGAUCAUUGCAGCUCUUGAGGUCAUCCAUUCACCCCAAUCCUCCAAUGCCCAUCGAAAAUCUGCCGGCGAGUUCCUCGAAACCGCGAAGGCCGAUUCAAAGGCGCCGCUACACGGUUAUACCCUUGCUAGCGAUGCGUCGCAGGUCCCUGCGGUCCGACAUUUUGGGCUAGGUUUGCUGGGACACGGCAUUCGAUACAAUUGGUUGGAUUAUGGUAGUGAGGAAAGCGUAGCUAUUCGCGAAUGGGUCGUGCUGCUUGCCAAGCAUGUUGCACCGACAGACCCGAGCUACCUACGUAACAAAGUUGCCCAGUUAUGGGUCGAAGUUGCGAAGAAGAGCUGGCCUGGCGACUGGAGGAACAUGGACUAUAAUCUUGUUGAGUUAUGGAAUAUGGACCUCCUAAGACGGGAGCUCGCUAUGUAUAUUCUGGAGUCCUUGAUAGAUGAGAUUUUCAACAGGGAGGAGUAUACAACGGCGGCUGUAGGUGGCAUAGCCGGAGAGCCAAAGACUUCAAACUUACAUAAAGCCUGCGUGGAUGUGGUUACACCUUACCGAGUUCUAGCUGAGAGCUACCCACAAAGGGAGAAUAAAGUAGAAAUACGCUGCGGGGAAGAGGGUUGGUUGGGAAGGCUGGUUGGACAGUUAGUAGAAUGCUUAAACGGAGGAAUAGUAGACGCCAAAGUCGAAGGAUUUGCAGUGCAAGUUCUCUCGACUUUGAGAAGUUGCAUGGCAUGGGCAAUUCCAAAGGCUAUUAUACAAGCCGGAGUUGUGGAUUCUCUUGGAAGAGCUAUGAUGUGUGGGAAUGCACAAUUGCGAGUUAUUGCGAUAGAAGCUCUGAAUAUGUUGUUCCAAAGAGAGUUCCUGGAUGACGACGACUUUAGAGCAAUCGUCGGGCCUCUCUACCGAACAGCCACAAUUCGAGAGUUGAGAAAUAUUCUGGCAGGGAUAAAGGUUGAUGCUGAUGGCCCCGAUGAGGACGUCUAUCUUUUCCUUAAGCGAUUUGCAGAGAUGGUAUCUCAUCUUGGGACCACGGUCGAGGAAAGGUAUAGCAGCAUGCCACCAGAUGCUGACCUUUCUGAGUUUCUUCUACUGCUUUUCGAAUUUGCGAAGCAGGAGAGCUUGACGGUAUCUCAGCAUAAUGUCAACGCAUUUGCGAGGAUACUAAGGAAAGAAGGAAUUCGAGACCAUCAGACGAUCCACGCCUUGGCUCCUCAGUUAGUCCAGUUUUGUGACGAACGCCUGAUACGAUACGAAUCGCUUCCAACUGACUCUCAAAAUCCAUCUUACCUUUUCCUUUUUGAAGACUUUGAAACGAUGCCUGAGCGCCACGCCUUUCUUGGAAAUUAUAGACGAUAUAUUUCGAGUAUUAUUGACUCCUUGGUUCGCCGUCGACCAUUUGAAGUUUUCCCAUUUAUUCUUCAGAAUCUAGACGCAGCUAUCAGCCAGAUGCUUAAGGAUAUGCCGUCUAUAACACCUGAAAACUACAUCAAGAAUUCGGAUUUUUUCCUAAAAACAGAUGCCAAGUUUACUGUUGUUGACGCAGCAUUGAAAGGAUACAUCAGGUGGUUCACGACAUUACCUCAAGAAAGCAUUCGCGAGACCCAAGAGCCACAGGCGGCUUUUGAAAGUAACCUCGGUCAGUGGUGUGAACGAUUACUUACGAUCGACUUCCAGGAUCCCCUCAUCAAGAAGAAGGUUGUCCAAUUGGUUGUAGCGCUGUCGACUACUGCGUUGGAAACCCAAUCUGGGCUGAUGCUUAAGGCGUUGGAAUAUGUGCUACUCACGCGAUUACCCGAGAACACGCAAAACGGAUCAUACAAUGAGGCAGUGAAAGAUUUACAAGGCACUUGCAUUAGCGAGCUGCAGAGGUUGGCACUGAAGAUGCCAGAUAACUUGAUUCAAGUCUACGGACAGCUUCAGAUGAAGAUAGAUGAGAUUAUGACAACACAGCAACUGGAUGAUAGACACCGAUUGGCGUACCGAACGUUCCUUUAUAGUAUUAUUCUACGAACCAAGCAUAUUGAAGAUGCGCCGAGGAUCCAGACCCUGGAGGGCCAUUUGGCACCGGUGGUACAGGUAUGGUGCCAACAGGAGUUGACAGAAAUGCUGUCGUCGUUCGAAGGAUUCUGCAAGAUGAUGAUGUUGGAUCAAGUCGAACAAUACCUCCACAGCCGGAAGGCACAUCUCAUCAGAGACUGGAGUUCACACGAGUUGGAUCAGGAAGGGCAAGCAUUACAGGCGCAACUGACGGAGAAGUACAACGUACUCCCUCUGAGGGCUACAAAGGGUUAUCUGGCGAUUACGGCGGAUAAGAUCAGGAAGCCCAGCGCGACGUAUGAGAUUGCCUGCCAUGUUUGGCGGGAUAAAAUUAACUUGAUAUUACCGAAUUUGCUUAAAUUCCUGGGUCACGCGCACGCCUUCCACAACCCCAAGAACUGGGGGAAUUUACCGGUUGAGCUGCAUCCCGUGAUGCAAAGGGUGUUGACGGAUAGGUUCUGGCAAAGUGGGAUUUCUUCGGGAAGUCGAGAUGAGUUUUAUGAAAAUGUUUCGAAGACAAGGUUGACGAUGGAAGGGUUUGCAAGUAGUAUUCGAGGGACGGUUAGGACGGUUCGAGAGACUUGCUAUUCGAUCCUUUGGGCGCUGGGGAAGUUGGAUAUCGGGUUUUAUGAUUAUGCGGAACUUCCGGGACCUCUUACCAUUGCUAUGUUUGGAGAUGCGGAUUCGCUGAGCAGUCAUCAGAUGACGACGUUGAUUAACAUUAGUAGGGUGAUAUUGGACGAGUGUCCGGGACAAUAUCGACAACACUUCUUGACACCUUUCUUGUCUAGUUUGUUUUUACAAGUCGAUAAGAAGGUUAUCGGGGAAUGGACGAGGUUGGUGAAUGCCGGGUUGAUUGCGACUACGGAGGAGGAUAAAUUGGCGGUUGAGAUGAAGGAGGAGAGUGUGUUGAGGCAGUUGACUUAUACUGCGGUUUUGGUCGUUGCGCAGCUUUUGGAUCCGGGGAGGUUGGAACCCGGAGCGAAUGAAUCACAGGAUGCCUCGCAGGCGUCGGUGAAUGCGAAAAAGGAAGGACAGAUGCGAGAAUUUAUACUGUCGAGCAAUGUGAUUCUGGAGCCAUUGAUACUGUUUUGCACGCACGUUCUCGGGACGAGGGAUUCUCGAUGCUGCGGAAUAAUCAUCCGAGUUUUCAGAUCUAUUAUCGAUGAAUUCGUGCAGAGGCCGGAACUUAGGGAGUUCAUAUGUCGGGAGGUGUUUAUGGCGGCUAUUAACUCUUUCAAUGACGACUAUUUUGUGGAAGUACAGAAGGAUCUAGCGGGGUUGAUCGUUCAGAUUUAUACGCUAUACUCGCCGUAUACGGAUCAUCCACGACAUUUACUAUUGAAGAUCCCGGGGGUUACGGAAAGGAAGGUUGAGACGUUCCAUAGGAGGUUGAUGUCAUCAUCGAACAUUCGGGUUCAGAGAACGCUCAUGUUGGAUCUUUUGAGUGAUGUCAGAGGGGUGGCGAUCAGCGAGAAGGGGAAAGUGGUUAUUCCCAAGGCGAAGGAGAAGGCGGAGAGGGAGAGGGAACGGGAGAAGGAGAAGGAGAGGGAGAGACGACUUGUUGCGGAGAGGGAGGCGAUGCAAGGUGGGAGGACGCCGGAGUAUGGAGGGUUGGCGGAUAUGUUUUCGUGA